CACCAAAGCAUUUCACGCCGUCAGCUCCACCAGACGAUGGAUUGGGAUGAACGGAGGCGUCUAGCGCAGGACAUAGCGUCUCUGUCGUCGGCGGACCUCCAGGGCGUGCUCUUGCGAUGCCACGUGGCAUACCCAGAUCGUGUCGUCUUCAGGCACGACCACCCCUUCAAACCCGUAGACUGGGACUUGAUCAAAUCCAGCAACUGGGAAGGCAGCAGCGUUGUCAACCUUGAUGACCUUGACCUUGCUCUCUUGCACGAGAUCCGCGAAUACGUGGACGCGUGCUACAUCCCCCACCCCGUCGCCCGGGACCAAUGCGAGAUCUGCUGCGGCUUGUGGUCAUGCGGUCGUGUGUUGGCGUGUGGCAACCCGGCAUGUUCAACUCGCAUCCACGAAGAGUGUUUUGGCAUGGUCCUUCGGAAAGACCCGAACGGACCUUGGCACUGUCCGUCGUGUGUGUACGGAUCACCCCUUCAAUGUUGCUUGUGCCUGCAGGACCGGGGCGGCGCGAUCAAACCGACGUCGGACGGCCGGUGGGCCCACGUCAUCUGCGCUCUAGGAAUUCCCGAGCUCACUCUUCGCGACGUUCCGACCAUGGAGCCCGUGGACGGCAUGUCGGACAUCGAUCCCACGCGCCUUCGGUCCAUGUGCAACUUGUGCAAACGCAAGGGCGGCGCUGUCGUCGCAUGCGAAGUGGACGGCUGCGGCACGGCGUUCCACAUCUCUUGCGCGGCAGACGCGGGGCUCUGGAUCGGCGCGCCAGCAGACUUGUCGGCCGUGCCCCCGACGCCUGUGGCGCCGUUUGCAUUGUAUUGCGAAAAACACAUGCCCGUCGAUCGAAUUGUGGGCGCCAAGCGCUUCAUCGCCGAAGAAGACCUUGUUCUGGAAGCGUUGCCAUCGUCCACCACCACCCGCAGUGCAGUCGUCUUGGACGCAAAGCUGGACGAUUACUCGUUCGUGUUGGACUCGGCGUCAUAUUUGCUGGAAUGGCAUGUGUGGAAAGAGCGUGUGGUCACUACCCCCCCUCCUCCAUCGUGUACCGUUGCCACAACAUCCCCAUCGAACAAUCGAUCGCAGCAGUACUAUAGCCCGUUCGAAGUCACGCCACGACUGUACAGUCGCGGUCGAUUUCCAGUCAAGACCCUUGUCACGGACAUGGUUCUCAAGGUGGCCUCCGCAGAAAGCCAGCUCGUACAGACGACGCCAUCAAGCGCAGAGCCAUACCCGCCUCCGCGACCUACGAACAACCACCAUGGCCUGCCGCCGUUUCCAGAAGGUCCGACGCUUGUGGGGGCAAUUGUUGAAGUGUACUGGCUCGGGUAUGAUGACUGGUUUCGAGCAAAAGUAACCGACUGGGACUCGUCCAGACGGAUGAACCAAGUGAGGUACUUAGGAGAACCCCGCAUGGAGUGGCUAUCUCUGCGCGCUGGCAUGUGCAAUGUCCUCCACCUUCCCUUCGACCCCCCAACCAAGGUCAAACUCAAAAAGUACUCGUUCAAAGGCGCCAGCCCUCAGUACCGACCGAAACCUCACGCGUUUGCAUCCACAGACUGAGCUAGUGUGUGCCCAGUACUUAGUAAAUCAAUCUCGUCGCCUUGAAUACACUCUUGAUGCA